AUGUCUGACUAUUUGCCGAUAGGCGGCAGUAAGCCCCGCGGAAUAUUUGAAAGGAGAAGACUGCUAGCAACUGUUGUGCUGGGGGCGUGCGCAUUGCUAAGUGUGAUAUUGCUAGCUGGUCAUACAGUCAAUUCGCCAAACAACAAAGACUCAAUUUGUUCAGAAUGCGCUGGCUUUAAGGCAUUGAGACCUGCGUUUAACAAGUCGCUCAACCACAUUCUGUACAACCAAGAUUACAAAAUGUCCGUGAUUGAGAAGCUAGCUGGCGCGGUCAAGAUCCCAACAGAAAUCUUCGACUUCACACCAAGUCCCUCAGACGAUCCAGAAGCGUGGGUACAUUUCCAGGAGCUACAUGAAUACCUAGAAACUCAAUUCCCAUACGUUUACGAAAAAGCACAAGUUGAGAAAAUUGACGGGUUCGGCUUGUUGUUUACCUGGCAAGGUUCAAAGCCUGACUUGAAACCACUAUUACUAAUGGCCCACCAAGAUGUUGUUCCGGUCGAACCAAAUACGGUCGAUAUGUGGACUCACCCGCCUUUUAGCGGCUUUUACAAUAGCUCGGAAGAUUUGAUCUACGGCCGUGGAACCGCUGACAUCAAACAGCUCGUGGUCUCUCACUUGGAAGCUGUCGAACGGUUGAUGCUAGACGGAUUCAAGCCUCAAAGAACCAUCAUGAUCUCAUUCGGCUGUGACGAGGAAGCCUCUGGCUCAUGCGCUGCAAAGAUAGCUCAACACAUCGAAAAGAGAUACGGGGCCAACAGCAUAUAUGCGAUCCUUGAUGAAGGUGGGCAGGUAGGAGAAGUAGACGGCGUUUAUUUCGCGGAACCUGUAACAUCAGAAAAGGGAUACCUUGAUGCAGAAAUCACUGUUUUCACACCCGGCGGACAUUCCUCUGUCCCUCCUGACCACACAUCCAUUGGUAUUCUAGGCGAACUCAUCGUUGACCUCGAAAAAGACCCAUACGACAUACUAAUCGAAGAAAACAACCCAGCACUGGAGACUAUUAAGUGCUUUAUCAAAUUUGGCGCUAUCAAAGAUGAGGAAAUUGCCAAACAUCUGAGCAAGAACAAUUUGAAGAAGCUUGGGACCGCACUUGACAACCGGCUAGCCCUCAAGUACCUUUUUAAGACAUCUCAAGCGCUGGAUAUUGUGUCCGGAGGCAUUAAAGCCAAUGCCUUGCCUGAGUCUGCUACCGUUUUAGUCAACAACAGAAUUGGCAUGCAUUCAUCGGUAAACGAGACGCUAGGGCACAUCAUGAAACAUGUACAGUCAAAAGCCGAAACGUACAACCUCGGCAUCAAGGUCUUGGCCGGCCGUUACUCCAAAGAAGAAACCGCGGAAGUUAUCAAGCCCGUUACCGAGAGCGGGCGGUUUGUGAUUAGGCUUCUGGACCCUCUAGAGCCUGCUCCUUUCUCUCCAACAAGUGGUAGCCAAGUCUGGGAUAUCAUCUCUGGCACAACGGUAAGCACUUACAAACAAAAGCUCUUCGGUGGCGAAGAUGCCAAAGUGUACAUCACGCCAGCACUCAGCACAGGAAACACAGACACAAAGUCCUUCUGGAACCUAACUAGGAACAUCUACAGAUACAGCGGAAGUCUGCAGUACAAAGAAUCCAACGAACAUACUGUCGAUGAAAAAAACUCGGGGCUGUCUCUUCUAUCAGGUGUAGCAUUCAUGUAUCAGUACAUUCCGAAUGUUGACGCGUACGCUACAGACGCCUAA